UUGGCAAUACCGAUGUGUUAAGAAACAGUAUUAAAUUAAAUGCACGCCCCGCUGUAACAUUGGAUUCACUUGCCGUUGAUAUUGCUUCGGGAAAACUAUACAAAGGAGAACUUGUCAAAUAUUUGAAGACAUUAUCCGUUAACGGGAUGGAAGUGGAUUGCCAACUGGAGGAUGGCUGUGUGCGGCUGGGGGAUGUCAAAGACAUGCGUCUGGAGGCGGAGGCCGUGGUCAGCGACGUGAUGUUCGCGGUGUCACACAUGUGCGUCUCCCCGAUGCAGAGCAGCGGCCUGGAUGUAGCGCACAUCAACGUGGAGACACGAGAGGGCAACCGAUACUGCUUGGAGCUCAGUGAAGCUGGACUGAGGGUGGUGGGUCUGGGCUUUGACCAGGUGGACGAGACCAUGACGACCCAGUACCACGAGACCGUGUACUCCCUGCUCGACUCCCUCAGCCCGGGGUACAGAGAAGCCUUCGGGAACGCUCUACUACAGCGGCUGGAGAGGCUCAAACAGGACGGACAUUAAAGUGCAGCUACGCAACCAUCUACAUUCCAUGUGCUCCCCGGCCUGAUUGCUGUGUUGAAGAUGAGCUGAGGGGGGGGCCGUGCUUACCUUCUUCUCUCCAGGAGGGGGCGCUGGCUGUGGUUAGACUGGUGGUGAUGAGGCACAAGGAGAGGAGGAGUGUGUGCUGCAGUAUCAGCUUCCAGCUAACUCAUCUCUGGGGCUAGUGAGGGCCUGUGUGGGCCUGCGUUCACAUGUGUCCCUCACACACACACAGCACACACAGCUCCACACACACACACACACACAGCUCCACACACACACACACACA